CUCGACCUGGCUUUUCGGCCAGAGAAAUUAAAUACAGAUUGUGAACCAUUAAACCACGUUACAACGGCGUAAUUAUGUUAGAACCCGUUGAUAUGCUUUACGAAACUCCGCAGCAGAAUGAAAACGACCACCACGACUUGCCAUGAAUUCUGUUCAUUGCGCGCCAGUGAUGAGAUUCGCGGGAAAAUAUUUCUGCAAAAUGAAAUCUCACGUUGCUUUCGCAAUUCAAAUUUUUAUGCAGCUUUACGUUUAAUGAGAAGUAAAGAGACGCGAUAUUUUACUUAUAAUAUUAUGGUUUUGGAAGAUUUCCUCUUUGUAAAAUUGAUAUAAAUAAACAAAGUUGCUAGAGUGAUGUGAAAAUUCUGUAGAGAUGCUAAUUGCGACAUAUCAUUUUAAUUCUUAAAUUUUGUUUAAAAAUAAAAAUAAAAAUUGUACCUAUAAAUGUAUAUCCUAAAGACUGCUACUAUAUAUCCUAGAGAUUGCUCGCUAGAUAUCAUAGUUUUCAUAUUAUUGUAUUUAUAUUAAUUUUGAAAUUUUUUAAAUGUAACAUAAUUUUUUCGAAGUAAGUACAUGUAUAUCUCUUUGGGAGAUCUGUGUAACUCUUGGUAACUUUCUUCUGGCUACUUUGCAAGUCUUAUAAAAUAUUUGCCUUAUAUCUGUUCUUUGGAAAGAUCUUACUCGUCUGCGUAUGUACAUAUAUUUUUGAAAUUUUAACAAGUCUCACGUCGCAAGUUCUCAGUUCCGAACACAUCCCAUGGCGCUUCUAUUCCCGAUUUCACGGUAUCUCGUGUUUUGAGACUUAACAGAGCGAAUGUAGUACAGUGAGCAACUUUUAACUUUGGGAGUACGAAAGCAAAAACUCAAGCAACUUGAAACUUACCGUAAAAGACUUGUAUCUUGGAAUGUAUUGCGCAACGUAAGAAACUUCGAUCGUAUUUUUUUUCUCAUGGAUCUUUUCACGUUCGCGUCACCAAGAAAAAGAAAAAAGAUAAAAAUAAGAUUCUUAUAAAUAAAAGCUCGUGCAUACAUUUGCCCGAAUGUGAAUUAAACUGUUCAAAUUAAAUAACGGAGAUGAUCGUGGAAGUUGAGGAGGAUUUGCGGGACUUUGCAACGAUCUGUAGGAGAGAUUACCUCGGAAAGAAAGUGGUGAGACCAACCGAGUGCAGGCCAUUACCAAGUUACUCGCCACCCUUGAAUAUCUUGAAUGGGCCGUACAAGCAAUAUUUGAAUACGCGACUAGAAAAUCAAUCGCUGCCUGAAAACGAACGAAGCGAGGAUCCGGAAGACUACUUAAACGAGAUACACAACAAGUUUCCCCGUUUAAAAAAUGCUCUGCCGCGAGUCGCGCUAGACGAAGAAAUGAUACAACGUCGGAACGAUAAAUUGAAGAAAACUGCUUAUCAAGUAGAUUAUUCUGGAGAAUUUAGUAAGAACUCAUUAUUUAUAAUAAUCACGCCAAUUGUUCUGCUUAAUUUCUAGUCAUUAACAUUGCAAUCGAUAUCGUCGUACAGUUGCAGAUGAAUAUUUUCUGUCGCGAUUGGAUCAGCCUAGAAAAGAAGUGACGUUACCGCAAGGCUGGAUUAUACCGAAGACUGUUCAAAGAUACACUUAUCGAAAUCCGUGGACGAGCCCAAUGAAAGGCUUGAUAAAGCCACUAAAAAUUGUCAAACCGCGCAAUAACUUGGAUCCCGAUCCUAAAGAAAGAGAAAUUCUCCGUGUAACGUGAGUAACGUUGAUCACAUAAAUAUAUUAACUCGACAUAAAAAUAACGUUUCAUUGUGCAGGCAAUCUGAAAUAUUAUAAUACUUUCUUUGACAGAACCGGCAAUUCCGAAUACGCGGAUGUAAUCGGAGUUACAGGAGAGAGGAUUAUGCUACAGGAUCUCGCAAACAGAACGCUGGAUUGCGGGAGUCAUUGAGGAGUACCGAAAUCGAUCCGAAUCGCAAUGUUUAUCGAUAAUAAAACCGAAUUUAAAUAUUCCGUUCAAAAUAUUCUGAAUUAUUAUUAAAUUAUGCGUUUGUAAUGAAGAUGUAGACGUAAACUUUGCGUUAACACCGAUAGGCAUCGGAAGCGUGUGCAAGUCACAUGACAAUAAAUCGCUGAAGGUUACUAAAAAACAGAAUUUAUAUUUUUCUAUUGGUACACAAUAAUGCUUCACUUAUGGAACGCAUUUUCACGUUCCAGUAGUCAAUUACUUACUAGAGCACUUACAAUUACGGCGCUGUACAACCUCUUCUCCAUUUUAACACCACUACUCGCAACAUAAGCACUGCUCUUACAUUUUACUUUUAUUAAUAUUUACAAAAAGUCUCUAGAUCCGUUUUCACAUAUGUAUCCGUUUUUAUAUAUGUGUCCGUUUCGAUCAAUGAAUAUGAUACUUGAUAUAUUUUAUCUACAUGAUAGCUAAUAAAAAGAAAAAAACAAAUUGGACUAUAUAAUAAAACUUUGGUACCUGAAUCAAAGUUUGAAAGCAGAAAAUUACGUAAGAAAUGAAGUUUUCGAAACCGUUAUACGUAAUCCGAUAAAAUGUGUGCAGGUACUUAGAGAGAUCGUAUAUAGCUAUCAAAUAUAACAAUAUCUGGAAUAGCUCUGAAUUAAACAGUUCAUGUAUCGUG